GCCAGGGGAAGAUGGCCGUGCCGUGCUGUCGGCUGUGAGGCAGUGGCGGCGACUGCGGCUGCUGGGACCGGGAGUCGAGGGGUCGAGGGCCGCUGAGCUCCAGCUCCAGCCGAGCGCGCGCGUGUCCCGCCGUCCCCGGGCGGGAGCCGGCCCCAGUCGGCGGGAGAUGCGUGUGUCCCGGGCUCGGCCGCGCUCCGGGAGUUCAUGCGGCGCUGGAGGCUCCUGGCCGGCGCACUAAUCGCCUUUUGCCGCCGCAGAGCCAGCUCCGUCUCCCGCGGUGAGCCUCCCGGAUCCCCUUGCUGUCUCUGGUGGCGGCGAUGACCGGAGAGAAGAUCCGCUCGCUGCGGAGGGACCACAAGCCCAGCAAAGAAGAGGGGGACCUGCUUGAGCCCGGGGAUGAGGAAGCGACGGCUGCCCUCGGCGGCACUUUCACGGGAGGCAGGCUUGGCACGGGCGGCGGCAAGGGCAGCAAAGCCUGCCAUAAGAUUUUCAGUAACCAUCACCACCGGUUGCAGCUGAAGGCAGCCCCGGCCUCUUGCAACCCCUCGGGCGCCCCGACUCUGCCUUCGCACAAUUCCUCCGUGACUGCCACCUCCCCAUCCCAGGCUCUUGUGGCCAGCACGAGCCCCAUCGCUGUCGUCGCAGACGGAGGCGGUUGCCCCGCACACUAUCCGGUGCACGAGUGCGUCUUCAAGGGGGAUGUGAGGAGAUUGUCCUCUCUCAUCCGCACACAUAAUAUCGGGCAGAAAGAUAAUCACGGAAAUACUCCUUUACAUCUUGCUGUGAUGUUAGGAAAUAAAGAAUGUGCCCAUUUACUUUUGGCUCACAAUGCUCCGGUAAAGGUGAAAAAUGCUCAGGGAUGGAGCCCUCUGGCAGAAGCCAUCAGCUAUGGAGACAGACAGAUGAUUACAGCUCUUCUAAGAAAACUUAAGCAGCAGUCCAGGGAAAGUGUUGAAGAAAAACGACCUCGAUUAUUAAAAGCCCUGAAAGAGCUAGGUGACUUUUAUCUAGAACUUCACUGGGAUUUUCAAAGCUGGGUGCCUUUACUUUCCCGAAUUCUGCCUUCUGAUGCAUGUAAAAUAUAUAAACAAGGUAUCAAUAUCAGGCUUGACACAACUCUCAUAGACUUUACUGACAUGAAGUGCCAACGAGGGGAUUUAAGCUUCAUUUUCAACGGGGAUGCAGCACCCUCUGAAUCUUUUGUAGUAUUAGACAAUGAACAAAAAGUGUAUCAGCGAAUACAUCACGAGGAAUCAGAAAUGGAAACAGAAGAAGAGGUUGACAUUUUAAUGAGCAGUGACAUUUACUCUGCAACUUUAUCAACCAAAUCAAUUUCUUUCACACGUGCCCAAACUGGAUGGCUUUUUCGGGAAGAUAAAACAGAAAGAGUGGGAAAAUUUUUGGCGGAUUUUUAUCUAGUGAAUGGACUUGUGUUAGAAUCAAGAAAAAGAAGAGAACAUCUCAGUGAAGAAGAUAUCCUUCGAAAUAAGGCCAUCAUGGAGAGUUUGAGUAAAGGUGGAAACAUAAUGGAACAGAAUUUUGAGCCAGUUCGAAGACAAUCCCUUACCCCACCUCCUCAGAACACUAUUACAUGGGAAGAAUAUAUAUCUGCUGAAAAUGGAAAAGCUCCUCAUCUGGGUAGAGAACUCGUGUGCAAGGAGAGUAAGAAGACAUUUAAAGCCACGAUAGCCAUGAGCCAGGAAUUCCCCUUAGGAAUUGAAUUAUUAUUGAAUGUUUUAGAAGUAAUAGCUCCCUUCAAGCACUUUAACAAGCUUAGAGAAUUUGUUCAGAUGAAGCUGCCACCAGGCUUUCCUGUAAAAUUAGAUAUACCUGUGUUUCCCACGAUCACAGCCACUGUGACUUUUCAGGAGUUUCGAUAUGAUGAAUUUGAUGGCUCCAUCUUUACUAUACCUGAUGACUACAAGGAAGACCCAAGCCGUUUUCCUGAUCUUUAACUCGCUGAAAAAUGAUACCACCUACCCAGGAAGAAAACUGCAGAGAAGCCACAAGUGAAUCUAAACAGAAGGGACAAAUGCUUUCACCGAAGAAAAGGGAAUUCAUUACACACUGGACUGCCACAUCAGUGACAUGAUAGCGGACACGGGCCCCUCAUAAGAAUUCAGCAAGUUUUCUGAUGUGCCAUUUUUGGUCUUUUUGAAAAUACAGUUAUUAUAAGCUUAAUAGUUUGACACUGUAAUGACCCCAAGACCUUCGUAUGUAAAGCAGCUAUGAGUGCUGUGAUUUGUUUUUAAACAUUUUUACACUUCCUUCUUGUUGAAAUAUAUAUGCAUAUAAAUAUAUCUAUAUCUAUACCUAAAACACUCCUGGACCAUUAACAUAAAUUAAUGUCUUAAGAGAUAUGAAGCCCUUUUAAACUUGUCAUCUUAUAUUCAAGGUGACAUUUAUAAAUAUUCCUUCCAGCUUUGUUUUCAUAAAAUGUAAACUAUGUAACAUUAUGUAUAGUUCAGUAAUUUGAAUGUUUGUUCAAUAUAAUGAACUAGAAGGAAUGCAGAUUUCUGUAGACGAAUGAACCAAAUGGCAACCAUUAAACAAUUGCAUUUCUAUGUUGCAAUACAUUUCAGAAGGAGCGUUCACUCUGCAGGGAAUAAGGUACCUCCUUUAGCACCUGAGUGCAAUUCAUUGUGGUGCUAUUUGUUUUUACCUGAAUUCUUUCUUCAAUGGAAAAUGUUUGUUACUAAUCUUUCUUUCAUAGAACCUCUAUUUUUUUCCUACUCCUGAGUUCAGAGUCCUUGUUAUGUUCAUGAUAAGGUACGGUUGGCAUGCUUACAGAAAGUCCUCUUUCAAAUUGCACCACUUUCAAACAAAUCCAAAAUUUUAAACUUGCUUCCUAAUAAGUACAGAUUGGUCUAAUUAUUUAGUUUGUUUUUAGUGGAAUAUGGAUGCACUAAUAUCAGUUUUAAAAACAGCAUACAUAUUUUGGACAACCCUACGUAACACAUUUGAAGAUUUCAAAAUAAGGUAAUAACAUUUUAUAUGCUAACAAACUAUAUUUGUAACAAGUUAAAGUCCAGAAGCAUAUAUGAGAAUGAUGAUACCUAUUGCUUAUUUUUUUUAAGUCACAGGGAAAUAUUUAUGGAUUUUAAUUAUCUCCAAUAUCUCAAAAUCAUGUAUUACUCACUUUUACAACUUAAAAUUUUUCAUAUUUAUUCCAAAAUGGUUUGAAGGUCCAAGAAUGAAAAUAAAUUAGGGGGAAUAAUGUUUAACAGUUAUAAAGUGUCAUGCGUUUUGAAGCGCUUAGCUAAAUGCUUUUAAAAUGUAUCCUAAUGACUGUCAAGAAUGCUUCUGUCACAUUUUUUUAGAAUGAUCAAUAGUUUCAACUUUUUCUAGAAUUUUAGAUAAUUUCAAAUGAGUUUAGAGACCUUUAUUUAAGAGAUAAUUUAUUUAAAAAUCCAAAGCAUCAACCAUAAGAAAAUGUUUUUAAUAAAUAUCUUUAAAGCUGCAUUUAUCUAUACUGAUACAUAAGUGGGAUUUGUUGAAAUUUGAUUAAAUACAUUUUAUAAGGAAGAAAAAGAACCAUAGUUAAAAAUUCAAAGACCUCAUUAUUACCUUCAGUGGGUCUGUUGAAUUUUGUGGAAAGAUUUGUUAAGCCCAGACUUGCUUAUAGCUCCUCACUGUUUACAGAAUGGUUUAGAUCAAGUGACACAGAGUCCAAAUUACCAUGUCAAUCAAGUUAUAGGAAGUUUGAGAACCUGAGAGGCAAUGAGGAUUGCUUUCAGUGCCCUCUGUUGCAGUACGGUAUUCUUGCAGGCCUAUGUUGUGGAUUUUUAAUAUGUACACACAGCUUAGGGAGCAAAAGGUGGUAAGUUGCAGCUUGAGGUUUAUCAAUUUCCUAAAUGAUGUGAGUAUUCUGCUGGGGUACACUGGAGCUAGGAAGACUACUGAAAAUUUUGUACUUGAAUUUAGUUUUUCAGCUUGUCUUUCUUUGAAGAAUAGUAGAAACGAAUUCUUCGUUUCAGAUUGUCAUCUCUGAUCACAAAGAACAAAUAUCAAUUUCUCUUACAUUGGUGGAAAACACUCAAUGCAAAUAAACUUUUCACAAAAUUA